AUGGGCAACUCGGGCAUGGAGGACAACAACAAGGAGAGCGAGUGCGAGGUGGAGGUGAAGCAGGAGGAGCUGGUGGUGGAGGGUUCCCUCUUCAAGAUCACAGAGAAACACACUGGUGACGGAGAGGCGGUCGACACCGCUACCCGUGACUUCAAGGAGAUUGGGUGGAACGUUAAUGGCCAUAAUGCCAUGCUUGUGAUCCGGAGUAAAGGGCAGCCCAUGCUAGCUGUGCGGAGGACGUUUACGUCCGCUAUGCGCGCCGAGGGCGAGGCUCCUUACGCGGUGCUCUUCACCAUGGACAGGAACUCCGGCCCGCUCCUCCCGGCUUUCUGCCCAGAUGUAGAGACCACCACCGCAUCGAUGAUAUGGCGCGUCAAGGACGUCUGGUUUGAGGGGGUCGUAGACGAGUGCCUGAAGGAGCUCAUCGGAGUCCUUAGGCUGAACUACACGGUCGGAAUCGCACGAGAAUUUAAAGUCACUAACAACACUUUUAAGGGGGACUCGCAGAUGAACAUGUGGGGCAAACACGCACUUGUGGACAACGAGAAGGGGAGCGCACACACUCACGUGGAGUGCCCACGCCUCAAGGCCAAGAACAAGACUUGCGCCAAGUGGGAGCUCCAGCCACUCACGUGGAUCAACAGGUUCCUCCUUCAGGUCAACAAGCCCAUCAAGAAGCCCAUCGAGGUCCGCAUCGAGGAACUCGAAAUGCAUGUCAUGCGACUCGAGGGCCAAGUUGUGGGGCUCUUCCUCAACAAGGCGUAG